UUUUGAUUUUAACCUUUUUUCCUUUCUUUUAAAAUUCUAAGCUGUUAUCGAACUGAAGUCCUCAAUUUUGUAAAAUUAUAAUUAUUAAACAAUAAAAUCAUGUUCAUCAACGAGUGUUCUGAAGAAAAGAAAGCUAAAUUUGUAAAAUAUCUUGAAAAACAUGGAGUAAUACAAAAAUUCACCGACAUUUUCGAUAAACUAAUGAAAUCCAAAGAGAAACCAGCCAAUCCAAUUGAUUUCAUUCGUGAGGAAUUGGGAGAUGUUGUUAUUCCAGAAGAAACCAUUGAGGAACUUGAACGAGAACUUGAAGAAGCUCAUCGUGAAAUUGCAAGUCUUCAAAAGUCUAUAGAAGAGUUGGAUGAGGAAGAGAUGUGCCUUGAAAAUGAGGAGGUUACAACUGAAGUAGACGCUGGUCCGUCGUCCAGUUCUUAAUUAUUGUUGUAAUUUUUAUUAAGUUACUAAUUUAAAAUACAACAAAUAAAUGUAUUAUAUUGAAAUAAAAGAGAA